GACAUCAUCUGGUGUUGUUGGCUUUCUAGCAUAAUGCUAGCUUGUGUUUUAACGUUUACACUAGGUAACGUAAGUAACCAUUAUCCUCUUAAGUAAACUAGCUUGCUAAACAGCCGCCUCACUAAGAAAAUACUGACCUUUACUAUUUACGAAAACGACCAAGAAGGAGUAAGGUUUAAGCUAGCUCCAGGCAUAAUGGCAAGUCAGCGACCUGCCUCUGGCAUUGGCAGGCCUUUGAGCCGCAGUGGGACUGCAGUCCCUGGGGCUGGAAGACCCCCAACAGCCGUCCGACCUCCUCCUACAGCUAUCCGUGUCACAACUGGGAUGGUUCCAGGUACAAGUGGUCAUCCUGGCAUGAGGGGCGGCAUCCCCCUUGCCACCCCUGGAGUCCUGUCGGCGCAGAUCAAAGUGACCGACAGGCCUGUGACCCAACAGGGCCUCAGUGGUAUGAAGACUGGCAUGAAAGGACCUCAGAGACAGAUUCUGGAUAAGUCCUACUACUUGGGCCUUCUUAGGAGUAAGAUCAACGAGUUAACCACAGAGACCAGCAAACUGCACAAAGAGAUCGACAACUACAACCAGGAGAAUUCAGUUUAUCUCUCCUACGAAAAGAAAGCUGAAGGCCUGGCUGGGGAGAUUAAGGAUCUACAGGGCCAGCUUGCUGACUACAACAUGCUGGUGGACAAGCUCAACACAAACACAGAGAUGGAGGAAAUGAUCAACGACUACAACAUUUUGAAAGCCCACAAUGACAGCGAGGCUGAAAGCAUCGACAGCAUCUUCACUGAGAGGAGAGAAAGAGAGGAGGCCAUCAGGGCGAUAGAAGAGGAGAUCAGGGGGGAGAGGAGGGUCGCCGAGGAGGUCGUCCAGGCGAUGCCAGCCGGCAAGCAGGAGCGGUACUUCACCAUGACAACAGCCAAUGAGGAACUGCUACAGGAGCUGACUGUUCUCCAGGAGGAGCUGGACCUUCUGAUAACCAGGAAGGAGGACUACGACGCUGAGCUGUCCCACUCGCACAUAAAGCAGGAAGUGGUUCGGCUCCACGAGACUCUGUUGGCUCUGCAGGGGAAGCGUGAGGCCAUGGAGGCGGAGCACAAGAGCUCCCCCCAGGACGAGAGAGAGACACUGCUGAAACAGGUGAAGGAGGACAACCAGGAAAUCGCCAGCAUGGACAGACAGCUUACAGAGAUCAGGGAGAGGAUGGAACAGAUCACAGAGCAGAUCCGACAGCUGGAGCAGGACUCAGAGGAGGCGCAGGGGGAGUGUCAGCAGAAAUACAGGGAGCUGAAGAGGAGGGAUGAGGACAUUGACCGGUACAUGGAGUCUUUUGAGGAGGUCAGGGCUCAGGAGCAGGACAAGAUGACCCAGAGCCAAGAGAACAUCGUCUCCAUCCUGGAACACUGCAGCAGGAACAUGUUAAGGCUACAUCAGGUGGACACAGUGACAGCCAGUGAGCUGAGGAACAUGCAGGAGGUGCUGGUCAGCAAGGAGACGGAGGUGGUCCAAUCAGAGAGCACCGCCAGAGGACUGACAACAGAAUCCCAGCGGCUGCAGCAGGACCUGGAGAAGGUGCAGCAGCUGGAGGGGAAGAUCAGCGGGGAGCUCAGCUCCCUGAAGGAGCGCGUCGGCACCAUGGAGACGGAGCUGCUCACCUACAGAGACCUGGACACCCUGAGGCACACAGGGGAGGAGAAGAAGAAGAGGCUACAAGAGGAGCGUGUGUCACUUACUCAGCGUCGGGAUUCAUUCAAACAGCUGCUGGAGGAAAUGAAUCAGAAAUAUGAAGCUCUGAAGACCAAACUGCAAGAAAACGAGACUCACGCUCAGCUGGCUAACCUUGAGAGGAAAUGGCAACACUUGGAGCAGAACAACUUUGUGAUGAAAGAGUUCAUCGCCUCGAAAUCUCAGGAGAGUGACUAUGCGUCGGUCGCCAAGAAUGUCUCCCAACAAGUGGCAGAGUACAACAAGAGUCUCAUCGACUCCCUGCAGAACAACAGGAGUUAAACACACACACACAUAAAAAGGCAUUUUAGUCAAUGUCACCAUAAAGUGGUCAGCACAUAGAAUAAUUUAAAAGUGAUGCAGUUUUCUCUUAAGAAAGCAUUGAUACUUCAAAAUGUUUCAGCAGCACGCUAUAAAAAACUAUUGUUUUGCUAGUUCAACAUGUUCAUUAUAUCAAGUUUGUGAUGGAUUGUUUUGUCCGUAAAACUGUAGCUGCUUACUGUUCUCAAAUACACUAAUAUGUCAAUGUAGUGAACGUUUUAAAUAUGUAGUAUUUUUCUAUUUAAAUGUAAAGCAGAUUUUUGAGCAUUCCAUGUCAAUAUUGUGGGUUUCUGUCAUUCUAUCUUCAAAGUUCUCUGAAUAUUUGAAUAAAGAUGUUUUGACAAAAGAAAACACUCAAGUCAGAAAAAAAUGUACUUCCCAUUUUCUAUAUUUAUUGCUUUUAAUUACAGAAAAACAAUUUGCAUAAAAUCCAAAUUCCACUUUAGAAAUAUGUUUGACCUUUCAAGUACAUAGAUAUCAAAGAGUACAGUAAACAUUACAACUGAGGUGGGCAGCACAGGGACCCCUUGCAAACACAGUACAGCAUUUUGCAAACCAUCAACACAACUACACUCGGGUUGUUAGGGGCCUCCUCAGUAUUUACACUGGACCCCUCUAAUUUCUGAUCACUGGAUCCAGAACUCUGCAGGAUCUGAUCCGCUUAAAACAUCCACUGAAGAGCAGGGAAGCAGUUUUGGACACAAGUAAUGUUCAAAGUGGAACUGAAGACAAUCGGAUCUCACAGCAGUCAGUUUGAGGGUGUGCAUCCUUUAAAAAUGGACAUAAAAUAUCUCUGAAUCCACCUCUGGUUUUUCCUAAAAGUCACUUUUUUAGUAUUCAUGAAAACAAUAUGCAUAGACUUCAAUUUAACUAAUGCACUGACAGUAGGUGAAACAGGGAUGGCAGACAAAAACAAGCCCUGAAAACACCUUAAGGGCAGAAAGUUGCACAAUCAGAAACAACAUUGAUGGGGGAAGCAUUACAUACCACAUUAAUCUCGAGGAACUGAGAAGAACUAGCAUCCUUCGGUAAAAUAUAUUUCAAUUGUCUUUAGACAGGCCUAUAAACAGAUGCUCAUAAUGUACAAACACCAUUAACAGUCCAGGUUUAAGUUAUUUUUGUUAACGGUUACCUCCUUGCACACGUUCUCAUAUGGAAGUGUUCAAUAUUAAAUACAUAAAAAAUACAUUAUGACAAAAAUAACACGAAUUAACCAUGUAAAAUAUAUAAACCAUCUAGUUAUAAAAUUAAUGGCCUUUUAUUUUCAAACUUAGAUUGUUUUCAUGUCACUUUUCUUUGCCCUAGCUAACAGGUGCUAACUAGCUACAUCUGGCAGAAGUUGUUGAUCUUGCUAGCUUAAGAGGCAGGGAGGCAUGUGAUUGGCUGAAAAGUUGGAAGGCGGGACAGGUCGGCUGUUAUGAAAGAGGACAUUUUAAAGCAAAAGAUUCAAGUAAAAAAAAAUUAUAAAACGUAUUAAAGUAUUUCAACAGCUGUUUCAUUUAUUGUUUACUACUGUGCACAUAGGAGCUCCAUAUUCUUACAUCCUGCCUCUAUUUAUUAUUAAAAUGUUUCCCAAACACUUUUCAAAUAACCUUCAAAGAGCUUAAAGGGUUAAAGAGCUUCAAA